CACACCCGUUUCAUUGUCCCACAGUGCGGACAGGAGGAUUAACGGACAGCUCUUCUCCUGUCUCAAACCUCAUCAGAUCAGAAAUAACGGAUUUUUUCCCCUCUGUAGCUGCCUUUAAACCGGCUCAUUUGCAUAAUCAUGAACCUUUAAUGCGCGCUUGGAUGUGCACCGGCUUUAACUGAGCGACACCUGCUCCCUCUCUCUCUCUCUCUCACACACACACACUCUUUUGUCUGACAUCUCUGCAACCAGCAGCAACGCAGAAGAAGAAGAACCGGAGGAGGACGAGGAGGAGAAGGAGCGGGGUCGUACCUGACACCUACAGCCGCGCGUCACUGCUCUCUCUCCCGCAGAGACACCGAGGAACGCCCGCCUCUCUCGCCCGGUUGUUGUGCGAGUAAAACCCGGAGCUCAGUGCACUCUGAGUGGGGUGGAAACGGGAAACAGUGUUACGGACACGCUGAAAACUCCUAAACAGAAGCCUAAUAGAAAUCAGCAAACAAAACACUGAAAACAGGAUUCUUUAAACGAACUUCAGUUGCUCGAAGAAUAAAAUCUGCAGGAUUUUCUGACUGACUGUGAGAAACUAAAAAAAAAAAAAAGGAGUGCUCUCCAGAAGAUGCGUCUGUCGGUGCUCCUGUGCGUGUUGGCGUGCCUGUGUGCUGCACCGGGCCCGGUGGUCGGUGGUGCGGACAGAAGCUGCACCGACCUGCGGCAGUUCUAUACCGGGAAAGGGUUCACCCUGGCAGGGGAACCACUGACAGAGAUCUCCGGUGAACAUCUGAGGAUGUGUCCCCAGGGUCCGACCUGCUGCACCAGCAAAAUGGAGGAGAACCUGGCCGGUCUGAGCGGCCGAGAGACCGAGGGACUGAUUAGAGAGGCCGGCAGGUCGCUGCAGGCAGCCUUCAACGCUCUCCACAGGAGCUUUGACACUUAUUUCACUGAGCUGCACAGCACUUCUGAGCGCUCCCUGCAGGAGGCGCUGUCUCCACUCGGCCCGCUGUACUCCCAGAACACUCGACUUUAUGGAGAUCUCUACAACGACCUGAAACAGUACUACAGGGGCUCAGCCCUCAACUUGGAUGAAACCCUGACUGAGUUCUGGUCCCGCCUCUUUGAGCGUACCUUUAAAACCACAGCUCCAUCAGAUGUUAACAUGUCAGAGGACUACCUUGAAUGUGUUGCUAAGCAACAGGAGACGCUGCGGCCAUUUGGAGAUGUCCCCCGAGACAUGAAGGUGAAGGUGAUCCGGGCUUUUGUCACAGCCAGGUCGUUUGUCCAGGGGCUGGUCACCAGCGGAGAGGUUGUCAGGAAGGUGUCCCAGGUUUCUCUGAGUCCGGAGUGUGUGAAGGCCCUGAUGAAGCUGGUUUACUGCCCUCACUGUCGGGGUAUGGCCUCCGUCAAACUCUGCUCUGCCUACUGUUCCAACGUUAUGAAGGGCUGCCUGGCCAACCAAGCUGACCUGGACCCAGAGUGGCAGAACCUCAUCGACACCAUGAUCCAGGUGGCCUCCAGUUUCAGCACAGAGCCCAGCCUGGAUGUGGUUCUGUCCUCCAUCCCUGCUCGGAUCUAUGAGGCCGUUCACUUCUUGCAGGAAAACAUGGAAACAGUCACAGCAAAGGUGUAUCAGACAUGUGGAACUCCAGGCGAGACAGGAACAGGAAGUCCCGCCCCUCACGAGCAGAAGAAGAAGAGCGGCUCCCUGACCGCAUCCGAGUACAAACCCUCUCCAACCGCUGGACUCAGACUGGAGAUGCAGGUGUCAGAUCUGUCCAGUAAGCUGAGGGAGAUGAGGCAGUACUGGAUCCAGCUGCCUGUGGCACUUUGCAGCAAGAUGGCAGCAGGAGGCGGCGGACAGGAUAAAUGCUGGAACGGCAUAACGAAAUCCAGGUACCUUCCUGAGGUGAUGGGGGAUGGCUUGGCCAACCAGAUCAACAACCCAGAGGUGGAGCUUGACAUCACAAAGCCAGACAUGAUCAUCCGGCAGCAGAUCAUGCAGCUGAAAAUCAUGAGCAACAGACUGAAGAAUGCUCUGGAGGGGAACGAUGUGGACUUCCAGGACGCAAGUGACGACAUCAGCGGCUCAGGAAGCGGGAUGUGCGCGGGUGGUCAGUGUCCUCGGGGCAGACCGGGAUUGUACGCUCUCUCGCCUGACAACAAUCGAGUCCGAGCCACAGCGACGUCUCAAACCCGCCUCAGUGGCCUCCUACUCCUGCUCCCAUUGGCCGUCCUGCUGCUUCAGCGAUGAUGGACCGCCAUGACCUCCAAUCAGACUCUGCAGUUUAGAGUUGAGACGUACUUUGGGACGAACAACAAGGGGUUUGUUUUUUCUGCGGGGGGGGUGGGGGGGGGAGACUGGAACUUUACUUUGCCAAAAAAAGAAAAAAGAAAAAAGACUUUUGAAGUGAUGAAUGAACAUCUUCUUUGACCAAGAGCAGCAAACAUUGACAGUGACGAUGUUCUUCAUUUUGUCUCGCUCAGUUUUUAUGUCGUAGUUUGAGUGUGGUUCAGUUUGUUGAGCUGGUUUCACUGGAUGCUUGGAUGAAGACGGUUGAAAGAAGACAUGGAUGAAGAAGAGGAAAAACAUCAAGAAGGGGAUGAUGAUGAUGAUCGGGAUAUUGAUAAGGAUCUAUUGACACUCUUAUCAGGUUCUCUAAGCUCAAGUUUCCAGUCAGGAGGCGGAAAAAAAGCUCAUGAAUCAAAGGUUUAGUUCUGAUAUGUGGUGCGUUCAACAAGGCUUUUUUUAAUUUCAUUUCUUUUUCUCAAGUCGCAGAUUGUCUACUUAAACGAAAAAUGUGUGCGUUGUAAAUGUUUGUGUACAUUAGCAAAAAGACUGGCGCCAUACUGAGCCAUGAAUGUACAGUAUAAUGCUAAUAUUGGCAAUGAAUCGCCCCCAUUCUCUGUGAUGUAGUCGUCCAGAUGUUUUUGGUGUGUGUUGGCAUAAACAGUACGUUACAAUCAGUAGGAUUUGUUUAAAAUGUUGCAGAUGAAUCAUCACGCUCCUGAUAUGUUUGAGAUGUUGUGAUUGCCUCACUUAUAAGCUUUACCCAAAGCUUGUCAAAAGACAAAUCAACAUGAAUUGACGACUUUUUAAUGAACCAAAUCACCUCCUUUUUUUUAAAAAAAAGGAAUAAGCAUCUCAUCAAGCGCAGAAAGGCAAGCGGCUUCCUGAAGAACCCAACGCUGAAGAUUACCCUGACACUUUGGGGACGCAAAAUCAUGAAAAAACUCUCCACAUGGAAGAAAUGUCAUGACGCAGUGAUACCGGUGAGGAGUCCUUGUUGAACGCACACCUGCGUUAAGUCAGUGAAAUGAAGGCUUAGAAGCAUCACAGAGGCGGAUAUACAGCAGGUCAAACCAAAGCACUUACUACACUGUACACUUAUUUUCUUUUUUUUUUACAUUUUCUGACAUUGCCUCAAGUCAUUUUACAUUUCUGGUUUAGGAAACACUUUAUGUUGAAAGACAACAGACGUUCUCAGAUGUUUUUGUGCAUACAGUACAAGAUGUUUGGAUUCAUUCGCCUGGUGAAAUAUCAUCAUCUCAGCAUGCCUUUCUUUCAGUCUACUCUAUGAUACUGCUACAGACCAGAGUCCUGAUUCACACAGGACUCCUGCACAUACACACAUUGACAUAACGGGGUUGUGUAUAAACGCUGAUUUUUUAAAAAUUCAUCUGUGUAUAUAAUCACACAUUUCACUCAUUAAACUCUGUUGAUUGUUGCA